UCUCGGCCCAGUAGCUUUUGGUUGUACUAGCUAGCUUGUUGCGGGGAGGGAGGGGGAAGAUUGUUUGCAGUGAAGGAGCUCAGUGUACGGGAAGGUAAACUGAGCUCCCCAGAGACUGUCAUCCCGCAGCCUCGGUUCGGGCCCAGCCUUCUCUCUCCAGUUGCCACCACAGCCUGGAGGCGCCUGCCUCCGCCCUCCCGAAUGGUGCUACUCUUCGAAGGCCUCGGCCCAGGAUCCAAACCCCCUUUGCCCCCUGCCUCGGAGCGGUUGCUCCGGGUUUCUCCUGGUGGACUCCUCGCGACGGGGACGGAAGAACUUUUGCACCGACAAGGCUGUAGCUCUAGGAACCCCGCUGACAACGUGAAUCUUGGCCUCUAACCCAGUGUGAGGUCAUUCCUGUGUCCCUUUUGACACCCUUUGAGAAGAGAAACUCUUCUUGUUACCUGGAGCCCGGGAAGCCCCAAGCUGGGGCCCUGGUCCCACCAUGUCAGUCCUCUCUUGUGCAUAGGGCUGUGCCCUCUCCCCAUUAGCAUGGCUGAAUUCAGGCAGGUUCCAGGGGGGCGGGAGACCCCGCAGGGGGAACUUCGGUCUGAGGUUGUAGAGGAUGAAGUCCCUCGGAGCCCGGUCGCAGAGGAGCCGGGAAGAGGUGGAAACAACAGCAGUGAGACCAAAUUGUCUCCAAGAGAGGAGGAAGAACUGGAUCCUCGAAUACAGGAGGAGCUAGAGCAUCUCAACCAGGCCAGUGAGGAGAUCAACCAGGUGGAGCUGCAGCUGGAUGAGGCCAGGACCACCUACCGAAGGAUCUUGCAGGAGUCAGCAAGGAAGCUCAACACACAGGGCUCCCACUUGGGGAGCUGCAUCGAGAAGGCCCGGCCCUACUAUGAGGCUCGGCGGCUUGCUAAGGAGGCCCAGCAAGAGACACAGAAGGCAGCGCUGCGGUAUGAGCGGGCCGUGAGCAUGCACAAUGCUGCCCGGGAGAUGGUGUUUGUGGCUGAGCAGGGUGUCAUGGCUGACAAGAACCGGCUGGACCCCACAUGGCAGGAGAUGCUCAACCAUGCCACCUGCAAGGUGAAUGAGGCAGAGGAGGAGCGGCUUCGUGGUGAGCGGGAACAUCAGCGGGUGACUCGGCUGUGCCAGCAGGCUGAAGCUCGGGUCCAGGCCCUGCAGAAGACUCUCCGGCGGGCCAUUGGCAAGAGCCGCCCCUACUUUGAGCUCAAGGCCCAGUUCAGCCAGAUUCUGGAGGAGCACAAGGCCAAGGUGACAGAGCUGGAGCAACAGGUGGCCCAGGCCAAGACUCGCUAUUCAGUUGCCCUGCGCAACCUGGAGCAGAUCAGCGAGCAGAUCCAUGCCCGGCGCCGGGGCCAGCCCCCUCAUGCCCCUGGCCAGCGGCGCUCCUCCCCUGUGGGGGCAGAGGCCGGGCCUGAUGGUGGCGAGGAUGGAGACAGUGGUAUCAUAGAAGGGGCUGAAGGCGGGGUGCUGGAGGAGGGCAGUAGCCUGGGGCCUGGCCCUGCCCCUGACACAGACACACUGAGCCUGCUGAGCCUACGCACAGUGGCCUCAGACCUGCAGAAGUGUGACUCUGUGGAGCACCUGCGGGGCCUCUCAGACCACACCAGUCUGGAUGGCCAGGAGCUGGGUUCCCGGAGUGGGGGGCGCUGGGGCAGUGAUGGCGGGGGCCGUGGGGGCCGCCACCAGCGCAGCAUCAGCCUGUAGUUCAUGCUCAGGGUGGCUGGUUCCUACCACCAUUGGCCCAUGUAGGGCUCCAAGCUCCCUGUCCUCAGGUCCUUGCUUCCCUUGGAGAGGUCAGGUUGGCUCUUGUCUCUGGUGAAUUUCUCUCCCUCCUCCCCCAGUUCUUUGCAGGUGGCAGCUCUCUUUGCCUUACCCCCUCAGAAGGCUUUUUCUAUGGCUCUCACAUUUGCCCUCCCCCUGCUAGCUCCUCUUGGUCUGAUGUUCUUUCUGCUUUCCUUCCAUCUGUCUGGCUUUCCCCUCAGGGAACUUGGUCUAGAAGGUACAGGGUAGCCCACUGGAGAAGGUGGAUGUGGGACCUGAGUUUUGACAUCUUGGCCCCCUGGUUUGAGGCAAUAGACAGGUGUCCCUCCCACCUCCCCAUCUCCCAAGGGGGCCUAGGGAUGCUACAGAGCCUCUGUCCUAGCCUGCCUGUAUGUAAUCUGUAAAAUGCACUGUAGGACUGUGUGCCUCUGGAAAACACUACACAUCCCUGCAGUGCUCCCUUCUCAUUACCUAAGCCACUUUGCUGUGUGUGCCACAAAGAAGGACUUGAAGGGUACCAGUGUCAGAGAAGGUGAAACCCAACCCCACUGUCCACGUAGAGGACACCACCUCCAGACAGGCUCCCAUGUGCAUGUUGUUUCCCCAGCUGAGCUGGGCCAUUAACAUUGCCAAGGUGCUAGUGGGUCUCUAGCAGGGUCCAUGUUGGGGGGUGGAGACAUAAUGAGGUCCUGAUGGUUGAGGCCUUCGCGGUUCCUGCUGCAGAGUUGGGUUUACUUUUU